GAAAAAGCUACGUGUGCCUGGCUGGGGUACAGAGCAGAGACUCAAGAGAGACACAGAAGUGUCUGAAAACAGCUAUUUAAGACAAGGCAAAUUGUUAGAGGAAGGGACAGAAGAGAUAGCAGAGCUAUUUCGGGAGUGAGGGAGCACAAGAAUCCGCAGACUGUCUAAAGUAAACGAGGAAGGGUCCAGAGGCAGUGAGGGAAGGCCAGGACCAGGGUCAAGGCCAGGGCAGGCACGAUUGCUGAGGGGAUGAACUUCACAGUGGGUUUCAAGCCGCUGCUAGGGGAUGCACACAGCAUGGACAGCCUGGAGAAGCAGCUCAUCUGCCCCAUCUGCCUGGAGAUGUUCUCCAAACCGGUGGUGAUCCUGCCCUGCCAGCACAACCUGUGCCGCAAGUGUGCCAAUGACGUCUUCCAGGCCUCAAACCCUCUGUGGCAAUCCCGGGGCUCCACCACUGUGUCUUCAGGAGGCCGUUUCCGCUGCCCGUCUUGCAGGCAUGAGGUUGUCCUGGACCGACAUGGUGUCUACGGCCUGCAGCGGAACCUGCUAGUGGAGAACAUUAUCGACAUUUACAAGCAGGAGUCCUCCCGGCCGCUGAAUUCCAAGGCUGAGCAGCACCUCAUGUGCGAGGAGCAUGAAGAUGAGAAGAUCAAUAUCUACUGCCUGAGCUGUGAAGUGCCCACCUGCUCUCUCUGCAAGGUCUUCGGCGCCCACAAGGACUGUGAGGUGGCCCCACUGCCCACCAUUUACAAACGCCAGAAGAGUGAGCUCAGUGAUGGCAUCUCGAUGCUGGUGGCAGGCAAUGACCGUGUGCAAGCAGUGAUCACACAGAUGGAGGAGGUGUGCCAGACCAUUGAGGACAACAGCCGGAGGCAGAAGCAGUUGCUAAACCAGAGGUUUGAGGCCCUGUGCGCAGUUCUGGAGGAGCGUAAGGGUGAGCUGCUGCAGGCGCUGGCCCUGAAGCAGGAGGAGAAGCUGCAGCGCGUCAGGGGCCUCAUCCGCCAGUACGGAGACCACCUGGAGGCCUCCUCUAAGCUGGUGGAGUCCGCCAUCCAGUCCAUGGAGGAACCGCAGAUGGCGCUCUAUCUGCAGCAGGCCAAGGAGCUGAUCAAUAAGGUCGGGACAAUGUCAAAGGUGGAGCUGGGUGGACGGCCGGAGCCGGGCUAUGAAAGCAUGGAGCAAUUCACCGUGAACGUGGAGCAUGUGGCCGAAAUGCUGAGGACCAUCGACUUCCAGCCAGGCGCUUCUGGGGAGGAAGAGGAUGAGGAGGUAGCGUUGGACGGGGAAGAGGGCAGCGCAGGGCCAGAGGAAGAGCGGCUGGAGGCGUCGGAAGGCCUGCACUGACUCGCCCCUGUUGGGGAGGCUGCGCACCGGCGGCCUGGCGCUCGGGUGGUGAAGGACCUGAGCAGGGACCACCCGCCACCCAGCUCGGAGCGCCGCCGCGGGGGAGGGGCUCAAUAAAGGGCUAACGCGUCCCGACCCGCAGCUCCUUUCACUGCUCACUCUCUCAGCCUCGUCUUCGGCGACGAUCGCAUCACCAUCCAUCCCAACCUUCUCCUAAUCUGGGACCAUUUCGGGGGCGGAAGUGGAAUGAACCCCUGUUGGGCACCUCCUCGAUAUCAGGCACGGAUUCGCAAGCCCAGUGCCAAGAGGGUCGGUGGUGGUGCGGCGGCACCGGUGCUUGAGUUCCUGGGAGACUUGGGGACGAUGGGGACCGCAGGACCCUGGCUGAAAGCCGUUCUCGCGGAGCCCUCCCGCAGCAUCUGGUCCCCUCUCGCCGACCUGGGAGCCCCACUUUCCCACGGGUUUACACCCUGCUGUGGUUCCCCGCGCCCCGCAGCAGAGGCCAACGGCUCUUCGGCACUUUUAUUAAAAACUAGUAAUGCGGAGAGUGCUCAGGGUAUCCCUAGGCCGCUCUAGCCCCGCGGGACUGGGUCAGUUCCUGUCGCGUACGUCUC